AUGUCUGCGGAGCAGGACUUCACGAAGCGCAAGCUGUGGGGCGGUCGCUUCACCGGCACCACCGACCCCCUCCUGUUCGAGUACAACGAGUCGCUCUCCUACGACAAGCGCAUGCACGCGCAAGACAUCCGCGGCUCCCAGGCCUACGCUCGCGCGCUCGUCAAGUGCAACAUUCUCACCGAAAGUGAGAAAGACGAGAUCGUGGCUGGCCUCGACAAGGUCGGGCAGGAGUGGAAGGACGGCACCUUCAAGAUCCAGCCCGACGACGAGGACAUCCACACCGCAAACGAGAGGCGGCUCAAAGAGCUCAUCGGCCCCGUCGCCGGAAAGCUCCACACGGGCCGCUCCAGGAACGACCAGGUCGCCACCGACAUGCGCCUCUGGCUCAUGGACGAGGCGCUCGCCAUCGAGAUCUUCCUCAAGGAGCUCGUCCAGGUCAUGGUCGCCCGGGCCCGCGAAGAGGUCGACGCCCUCAUGCCCGGCUACACCCACCUCCAGCGCGCGCAGCCCAUCCGCUGGUCCCACCUCCUCCUCUCCCACGCCACCUACUUUGCCGCCGAUCUGGCCCGCCUCCGCAGCUUCAUCCCUCGUAUCUCGGUCUUGCCCCUCGGAUCCGGCCCGCUCGCCGGCAACCCGUUCGAGGGCAUGGACAGGGACGCCAUCGCCAAGGACCUCGGCUUCCAGACCGUCGGCACCAACAGUAUGAACAGCGUCUCGGACCGCGACUUUGUCGUUGAAUUCCUAAUGUGGGCCAGCUUGACCGCCAUCCACCUCAGCAAGAUCGCCGAGGACUUCAUCAUCUACUCGUCCGCCGAGUUUGGCUUCAUCCAGCUCAGCGAUGCAUACACGACCGGCUCCUCGAUCAUGCCGCAGAAGAAGAACCCGGAUAGCUUGGAGCUGCUGCGCGGCAAGUCCGGCAGGAUCUUUGGCCAGAUGUCGGGUUUCAUGAUGUCGCUCAAGGGUAUCCCCUCGACGUACAACAAGGAUCUGCAGGAGGACAAGGAGCCGAUGUUUGACGCCGUCGACACCAUCCGCAACAGCCUGCAGAUUGCCACGGGCGUCAUUAGCACGUUGAGCAUCUUCCCGGAGAAGAUGAAGGCGGCGCUGACGACCGACAUGCUGGCCACCGACCUGGCCGAGUACCUGGUGCGAAAGGGCAUCCCCUUCCGGGAGACGCACCACAUCUCUGGAUCGGCGGUCCGGCUAUCGGAGGAGAAAAAGUGCCAGCUGUCGGACCUCUCCCUCGCCGACCUGCAGGGCCUCUCGGACAAGUUUGAAGACGACGUCAUGAAGGUCUGGUCCUUCGAGGAGAGCGUCGGGCGGCGCAACGCAAAGGGCGGCACCUCGAGGCGCGCCGUCCUCGAGCAGUGCGACACGCUCAAGCGCGAGCUCGACCUGUAG